AUGGCUGGCACUUUGUGCCAUUUAGAAUGCCCAUACUUCCUCCUCCGAAAAAGUUUGGGCGCACCUAGCUACCUCGAAGUGAGUGCUGGUACAAUGAUGACUAAUAAAACAAGAGUCUUGAUGAGACUAGAUGCGAAAGUGAAAUCUGUGGCAUGUCAGACUAUAAUGACGAUAGCUGAGAUCUAUAAGGGAGUAAAUCUCGCAGGAGAAAACUCGGUUAGAGAGACCCCUGUUGGGAAAGAAACCGAACGGACAAAUCUGGGGACCUAUAAGGGAGUAAAUCCCGCAGGAGGGAACUCGGCCAGAGAGACCCCUGUUGAGAAAGAAACUGAGUGGACAGCCCUGGAGAUCUAUAAGGGAGUAAAUCCCACAGGAGAGAACUCGGUGCGAGAGACCCCUGUUGGGAAAGAAACCAUACGGACAAGCCUGGAGACCUAUAAGGGAGUAAAUCCCACAGGAGAAAACUCGUUGAGAGAGAUCCCUGUAGGGAAAGAAACCAAGAGGAGCCAGAGAAAAGAAAAAUUAGGGCUCAAAAUAACAUCGGAGCCCCAUCAUGCCCGGAACAACAAUAAAGAGGGAAGCUCCAGUAGAAACAACAAUAUGGAAAGGAGUACAAGGCAUGAUGUGGAUGACUUGACUCCGAGUCCUGGUAAUGUGACUGAGUAUGAGACGAAUCCAACCGAUAUAGACUGCCAAGGUGAUCUGAGCAGCCAAUUGGACACCUGUAAGGACAAAAGAAAUGACCUAGAGACACCCCCAGACCUGCAAGGAAGGAAGACAGGAGACCAAGAAGCAACAAAGGGAACAGAUAAUCAAAUUGGAAUCAAUAAUUUGGACCAAGGGGGAAUUGCAAUUAUUAAAUUGGGAAUGGAAAAACCAGCCUGUCCCUUUUGCAACUGCAUUGUUGGAAAGCCAACUGCAUUAGAUAGCCACAUUAAAGGUAGCCAUGGAGGGAAGAAAGUGAUCUAUGAGUGUAGUAAAUGUGAGAGGAAAGACGAAAGGGUACACUCGACCCUGGUCCAUAUGGCUAAGUGUAAAAAUAAGGGGAAGAUCGUGGGAAUACUAGAUGGGAUGGAAUGCUGUCAAUGUGGAGAUAAAUUUGAGACGAUAAGUGGGCUGUCACAACAUAAAAGGCACAAACAUCCGGACCAAAGAAACAAAGAAAGGAUUGGGAAAGAAGUGGAAGAGGAAAGUAGGAGAAAUAGAGAGAAUAAUCGGGGGAAGCAUAAAAGCUGUUGGACAGAAGAAGAGGUAGAACAAUUAGAAUUGUUAUGGAUGAAAUAUGAGGGACAUAAAAACAUCAACAAGUUAAUAGAAAGUGAAUUAACAACUAAAACAGCGAAACAAAUAAGUGAUAAGAGGAGGCUCAUUGAGCUGAAAAGAAAAAGGGUUAAGGAGGAUAAAGAGGACUUCCCGCGGGGUGCCGCGGCUCGCACUCCACCUCCCCCUCCAAUCGGUGGGGGGGGUUGGAGUGAGAGUCGUGGGCCUAGAGGAAGAGUUUGGAAGAAAGGCAAAGGAAUGGAUAGAGAAUGGUAAUAUUGUAAAUAAGGAGAUUA